UAGCCUGUCGCUUUUGCUGAAAGAACUCAAAGAAGCAAAACGAGUCCUGCAACCACCAACCUCCUCUCUCCCUCAAAUCAGUAAUACCCUAUUUUACCGAUCAAAAUGCUCGCAUUCUGUUUUUGCUCACAGUGAUGAGAACGUGUUAGCAGCAAGAUUCCGGGUUGAUCCGAAAUACUUCGAAUUAUCUCCGGAAAGCGCAAGGAGAUUACAAAAUCCACGUCCUUUUAGCAUAGUAGGCUAGUAUACUAUUUUAAAGUGAAUUUGGAGGGGAUGUUGUCGAAUCAUAUGCAGAACGGGAUGCAGACGGCGAAGGUGAUGUGGUCGAAGCUUCCGACGGGGGAUGAAGACGACGGUGACGUGGCGGGUCCCUCCAAGAACAUGUAUGAUAGCUCUGUGGAGAGUCUCGAUUACGAAGUCGUUGAAAAUUAUGCUUAUCGGGAACAACAGGCCAAGAAGGGGAAGUUUUAUGUAGGAUAUUCAGUUGUGGUGAAGUGGUUGUUUGCUUUACUCACAGGCAUAGGAACAGGACUUGCAGCUAUUUUCAUCAAUAUAUCUGUUGAAAACUUUGCAGGAUGGAAAUACUCAUUAACUUUUCAAAUAAUCCAGAAGUCUUACUUUGCUGGAUUUCUUGUGUAUACUUUGAUCAAUGUGGCUCUAGUGCUCUCUUCUGUAUUUAUUGUUACACAUUUUGCUCCAGCAGCAGCAGGAUCAGGAAUUCCAGAAAUCAAGGGUUAUUUAAAUGGAAUUGACACACACGGAAUCCUGCUUUUCAGAACUUUAAUUGGAAAGAUUUUUGGAAGCAUAGGUUCAGUUGGGGGUGGUCUAGCCCUUGGUAAAGAAGGUCCUCUUGUACAUACCGGUGCCUGUAUUGCUUCAUUGCUUGGACAAGGUGGAUCAGCAAAGUAUCAUUUGAGUUCACGGUGGCUACAAGUUUUUAACAGCGAAAGGGAUCGUCGCGAUCUUGUAACUUGUGGAUGCGCGGCAGGAGUUGCUGCAGCCUUUAGAGCUCCAGUUGGUGGUGUGCUCUUUGCACUUGAAGAAGUCACAUCUUGGUGGAGGAGUCAAUUGAUGUGGCGUGUCUUCUUUACCUCUGCUGUUGUUGCUGUUGUUGUUCGUUCAGCAAUGGGUUGGUGCAAGAGUGGAAAGUGUGGUCAUUUUGGCUCUGGAGGCUUUAUUAUCUGGGACAUUUCUGGAGGUCAAGAUGACUAUUCUGUUGAGGAAUUGCUUCCCAUGGCCAUUAUUGGUAUUAUUGGGGGCCUUCUAGGAGCAUUAUUCAAUCAACUUACUCUAUUUAUAACUCAAUGGCGUCGGAACAAUUUGCACAAAAAAGGGACUCGUGUAAAAAUUAUUGAAGUCUGUAUCAUCUCUGUGAUAACUUCAGUUGUUUCAUUUGGACUGCCAUUGUUUAAAAGAUGCACUCCCUGUCCCGAUUUUGAUGCCAAUGCAAGUAUUGAAUGUCCACGUGCGCCGGGAAUGUAUGGAAAUUAUGUAAAUUUCUAUUGUCAGAACAAGAAGGAAUAUAAUGACCUUGCCACGUUAUUCUUCAACACUCAGGAUGAUGCUAUAAGAAACUUAUUUAGUGCAAACACAGUCCACGAAUUCAGUGCCCAAAGCCUUCUUACUUAUCUGGUGAUGUUUUACACCUUAGCAGUGGUGACUUUUGGUACUGCUGUUCCAGCUGGUCAAUUUGUUCCUGGAAUAAUGAUAGGUUCAACUUAUGGGCGUCUGGUUGGCAUGUUUGUUGUUAGAUUUUACAGGAAACUUGAUAUUGAAGAAGGAACGUAUGCUCUGUUGGGUGCAGCAUCUUUUCUAGGAGGAUCUAUGCGGAUGACCGUGUCUCUUUGUGUCAUAAUGGUCGAAAUUUCAAACAAUUUGAAGUUUUUGCCUCUCAUCAUGCUUGUUCUUCUCAUCUCAAAGGCUGUUGGUGAUGCUUUCAAUGAAGGAAUUUAUGAAGAACAGGCUAGAUUAAGAGGCAUUCCAUUACUUGAGUCGAGACCAAAGCAUCAAAUGCGCUACAUGACAGCAAAGGAGGCAUCGAGGAAUCAAAAGGUUGUCUACUUUCCGCGUAUUGUGGAGGUGAAAGAUAUUGUUUCGAUCUUGCGGAGUAAUAACCAUAAUGGCUUCCCUGUUAUUGAUCAUACUAGGAAUGGGGAGACACUAGUUAUUGGACUCAUACUACGAAGUCAUUUGUUGGUACUUCUUCAAUCGAAAGUUGAUUUUCAACAUAACCCUUUGCCCUGUAAUGUAGGAGAUGGUUCUUUACCAAUUAGGCACAAUCUCAGUGAGUUCGUGAAACCCAUAUCUAGUAAAGGAUUAUCUAUAGAUGAUAUUCAUCUCACUCAGGAUGAUAUGGGAAUGUUCAUUGACCUAGCUCCUUUUAUAAACCCUUCUCCAUACAUUGUUCCUGAGGACAUGUCCUUAACUAAGGUUUAUAAUCUGUUUCGCCAAUUGGGACUACGACAUAUACUUGUUGUUCCACGUGCUUCUCGUGUCGUUGGUUUGAUUACGCGUAAAGAUCUGCUACUGGAGGAUAAUGAAGAUUCAGCCCCUGUAGAGCUGCAUCCCACUAGUGUAAGGUCUUGACACUGCCUUGCUCAAUAUCUGCACUUCAUGAUUUUGAAUAUUAUUAUAAAGUAAUAAACUAAUACCUCUGUCUCUUUAAUCUGUCUUGGGUCAACCCCAAAAUUAUUUUCACGUUCCCUUUAAGGAAAUGGUUGUGUUUGUUAUUAUUUGUCUCCCCUAAACAAAUUUCAUCCGCACAAGUUUCACAUUCUUAAAAUCCGGGUCAAGUCAAAAGGGGGGAUUAAAAAAGAACGCGUUAGUUUGUUCUAUGGCCGCAGUCCAAAUCCAAGAAAGGUCAAAGGUUCAGUGCAUGGGCUUGGUGGCACCCUUCCCAGACUUUGGGAUUCUCAGGUUUAAAUCUGUCUCUGUUUUGUUUGAUAGAGGUUGGCAAGCUAAUAAGAGACUGAUGACUGGGAAUGAAGAUGUUGGGCAACCACUACUCAAUGGGCUCAUUUAAACUGUAGUUAUCUCAACCGAUUUUCACCUAGACGGCUAGACCGGUUUCGCCCAUCUCCCUCAAAUUUUUGGGCGUGAGAAAUCUUGUUUCCUAUUUUAGGGCGGCCAUGACUUCACAUAGGUUAUACAUGUGAACGCUGUACAGUAAACUCCAUGUUCACCUUAUGUUUAGAGACUCACCCUGCUGAACUCUGAAGUCCUGCCACCAAUAUUUUCUAUUAAUGUCAACUAAAUUUUGUUGUUUCGAUAUGAGUACACCAUUUGUUUUAGUUUAGGGACCGAUGUUCCGAGCAAUCUAUUUAUUAAAUGUGCUUAUUUAUUGUUCACUCUGCAUGCCAAG